AUCGUAUUUAAAAGAAAAAGAAUAAAGAGAGGGAGGAUGUUGUAAAGGGAAUGGAAUCCCUCGUCGAAUAGGGUUUUCAAUUCCAAAGCAGUCGUGUCUGUAUUCGAGCUUGGAAAGCACAUCGCACCGAAACAAAAACACACCUUGCGGACCAUUUUCAUUUUUCAUUUAUCAACAAAAAAAACAUAUAGCUAAAAAAAAUGGAGAAGCACUUCUCUUGAGAAAAAAAAAAAAAGAAAAAGAAACCAUUUCCACUGUUCCGCUUCCCCACUCAAAUGCUACUCAUACUCUCUCCAUCUUUCUCAGGUAUUAGAAGUAAGAAUUCAGAGCGAAUUGCAACUUUCACGUAUUGAAUUUUGUUCAGUGUUCUUUUUCUCCCAUACUUACCAGAAGUCACGAAUUUCGACACUGUGAAAAUGGCAACGUGUUUUGCACCGUCGAAUGCAAGAAAUUCGGCGGGGGUGCUGGCUGUUGUUGGAGGGAGAACAAUUUCAGAGAAUCACGCUAACAGAUCGUGUUUCUCGAGAAUGCAAGAGAACAAGUACGGUUUUGGCAUUCGAAAGUGUGGUUCGUUUCAAUUGAAGUGCUCAGCGAAUUCACAUAGCAUAAGUCCCUACCAUAGCAAAGACCCUUUCCUCGAUCUACACCCUGAGGUUUCAAUGCUUAGAGGUGAAGGAGGUGGUGCAUUGAAUAACCCUAGGCCGAGAAAGGACAUUUCCGGUGGAAAUGUUGCUGAAAGCUUGGAAGCCACUCCUACUCCUAGUAACUACAAUGAAGCAAAAAUCAAAGUCAUAGGUGUGGGUGGAGGUGGCUCAAAUGCGGUCAACCGCAUGAUUGAGAGUUCGAUGAAUGGUGUGGAGUUUUGGAUUGUUAACACCGAUGUUCAAGCCAUGAGAAUGUCGCCUGUGAUUCCUCCAAACCGCUUGCAAAUUGGUCAAGAGCUUACGCGAGGUCUUGGAGCUGGAGGUAACCCUGAAAUUGGCAUGAAUGCUGCCAAAGAGAGCAAGGAAUCGAUACAGGAGGCAGUUUAUGGAGCUGACAUGGUCUUUGUUACAGCUGGAAUGGGUGGAGGAACUGGCACUGGUGGAGCUCCAGUUAUUGCUGGUAUCACAAAGUCCAUGGGUAUACUAACUGUUGGUAUUGUCACAACCCCUUUCUCAUUUGAAGGACGAAGAAGGGCCGUUCAAGCACAAGAAGGAAUUGCAGCCUUAAGAGAUAAUGUUGAUACUCUGAUAGUUAUUCCAAAUGACAAGCUGCUGACAGCAGUUUCUCCAUCUACCCCGGUAACUGAAGCAUUCAAUCUGGCUGAUGAUAUUCUUCGACAAGGUGUCCGUGGCAUAUCUGAUAUUAUUACGAUACCAGGAUUGGUGAACGUAGACUUUGCUGAUGUUCGAGCUAUAAUGGCCAAUGCAGGUUCUUCACUUAUGGGGAUUGGAACUGCAACUGGGAAAACAAGGGCAAGAGAUGCUGCAUUAAAUGCUAUCCAGUCACCUUUACUAGAUAUCGGUAUAGAGAGGGCCACUGGAAUUGUAUGGAACAUAACUGGUGGAAGUGAUUUGACCUUGUUUGAGGUAAAUGCUGCAGCAGAAGUUAUAUAUGACCUUGUGGACCCCACUGCUAACUUAAUAUUUGGAGCAGUAAUUGAUCCAUCACUCAGCGGUCAAGUAAGCAUAACAUUAAUUGCCACUGGAUUCAAGCGUCAAGAGGAAAGUGAAGGAAGGCCUAUACAGGCCAGUCAACUCACACAAGGAGAUAUCAUUGGUAUCAAUCGGCGAUCUUCCUCUUUCACUGAUGGUAGUUUUGUUGAGAUCCCCGAAUUCUUGAAGAAGAAGGGGCGUUCACGCUACCCAAGAGCUUAAUACUCUUUACCCCAACUUCUUUAAUCCCUUGCAUCACUUUACCAAACAAGUUUUAAGGAUAAAAAUCUCAUCGGUCUAGGUAUUAGAUCCCGUUUUGCUUCUUCUUUUAGUAUUUUUAGGUCCGUAGUGUGCAUACAGUUGUUCGUGAAAGCAAAGUACUUUCCAAAUUAUUGUGUUUUGAGUUGAGGCUUGUUGGCACAUUUAAAUAAGUUGAUUAGCUUGUAUUUUUGUACAGAGAAUAUAUCAGUAAUGGCAUUGCUUGUUAUAGAUAUUUAUAUUUGGUUUGCUAGUGUUACCAUCAAAUGAAGAUUGUGAAUAUCGGAAACCG